CACUUACAGAUUUCCCGGCGAUAGACUUCCCGGCACGCAACUAUGACAGUAACGAGCUCCUGCUCCAAUAUCACGCAAUGGACGUGGUCAACCGGACACAGUCGCUGCGAAGGCGUCAUCCGCAAUGCUGCCCACCGGAGUGCACAACGUGAGCCUGGUCUACGCCCUCGUCUGGGCCAUCGAUAGCUUCUACGGUCGGGCCACCUGUACUCCGCUGGCAAUAGUCCAGUUCGCCACGAGCCGGCAGAGUCGAGGGCACCACAAUGACCUUAUCGACGCCACACUAAGCAAAUGCUCCGCCAGCUACAAGGUCCAGUUUCUGCUCGAGGACGACCAAGUGGAGGAGACCGAGAACAUGAAGGAGCUGCCGCCUCUGAGCGGCAUUACGGGAAGACCCAUCGCCAUUUGGUUUGUGGACAGCCUUCGGGCCUACAUCCGGCUGGAGAUGUACCUGAUCCAAGUGGGCAGUCCCUACAAGAGAAACGGCUACUUCGUCUUGGUCUACACGGGCGUGGAGGACGAGCCUAUGGAGUCCAUCAAGAUCAUGUUCCGGCGCCUGCUCAACAUGUAUGUUCUGAACGUGGUUGUCUUUCUCCCCCGCUACGGAACUGUCCAGUUGUACACCUACUACCCGUACGGGCCACACCGCUGCCAGUCCUCGCUGCCAGUCUUCUACACGGCUUUCCACCACCUGCCACCUCCUUACACAGGCUUCGGCUUGACGAAGCCACUCUUUCCCAGCAAGAUGAACGACAUGUACGGAUGCGAGAUGGUCGUAGCAACAUUUGAACACCGGCCCUAUGUUAUUCUGGAGGAUGACAAAAAAGUACCAGGUGGCAGGAUUCUUCAUGGCAUUGAGGGAAUGAUUUCCCGUGCUCUGGCGGAGCGGAUGAACUUCAGCAUUAAGUUGGUGGAGCCCAAGGACAAAAACCGCGGUGAAAUCCUGCCCGAUGGCAACUAUACGGGCAUACUCAAAAUGAUGGUGGACGGCCAGGUUAACCUUACCUUCGUCUGCUACAUGUACAGCAAGGCCCGCUCGGAGUUGAUGCUGCCCUCUGUCUCCUAUACCAGCUUCUCCAUUGUCCUUAUUAUUCCUAGUGGCGGGUCACUUUCGCCGAUGCAGCGCUUGGUACGCCCAUUCCGCCACAUCAUUUGGUACUGCAUCCUGGCCAGUCUGGCCUCCGGCAUUCUGGUGAUCGCCAGCCUCUCUAUAAUGACGGUACCUUGCUUGCGGAAUCUGGUAUUGGGAAGAAGAAACCAUCUGCCCUGCACGGGGAUGUUGUACAGCUUGCUGGGCGGAACGGUUAUGCACAACCCGCAGAGGAACUUUGCCCGCUUCCUCCUGAUGAUCUGGCUGUUGCAAACCCUGAUCCUGCGGGCCGCCUACACAGGCCAGCUGUACCUACUUCUCCAGGACGUGGAGCUGCGAGCUCCGCUGACAAAGCUCUCCCAGGUGCUGGAGAAGGGCUACGUAUUCCACAUGCUGCCGGCCUUGAAAGGCGUUUUUCAGGAUUCGCUUGAAAUAACUAAGACGAAAGUGGUGUUCAACCUAGAGCCGUCAUUACUUCGGCUCCGGGACGAGGACGAUCCCGGGAUAGCUGUGCCCCUGCUGCAGCCCACGGUCUACCAAUUCAAUUACCGCUCCGGGCCAAACAGAAACCAUCUGACCCUGCUGCCUGUGCCGUUGAUGACCGCGCCUCUGACCAUGUACAUGCGACCGCAUUCCUACUUCAAGCGUCCCAUCGACCGGCUCCUCAUGGCCAUGAUGUCCUCAGGGAUUGUAGCUCGUUAUAGGCGGAUGUACGUCGACCGGAUAGAGCGUCUAGCCAAGCGCAGGAACCUGGAACCAAAGCCUCUGACCCCCUGGCGCCUGGGAGGGAUAUUUUUUAGCUGUGCGGUGCUUCAAUUCCUGGCCAGCUUGAUCUUCCUAUUGGAGCUGAUGUCCAGGACUCGCCCACGGUUGCAUAGGGCCCUUUCUGCAAUUAAUAACUAUUUGGCAUAGCGUUUAUUUUGGCAAUGAAAAACAGGAUUGACGCCA